CCCGCCGCCCAGCCUAGGCCCCCCUCCAGCACCAGGCCCCGCCGUCCCCAGAGGACCCCCAGAGUGGAGGGGUCCGUCGACAUCCUUGAACCCAAGCAUGACACCGGAGCCGAGACCGGCCCCAGACCCGGACCGGCUGGUCCCAAUGACGACGCUGAAGAGUGCAGCACAGACGGAGCAGGGCUUAGCCAUCCCAAGCCCCCCGCGGCUGGCAGGAGCCCGGCAGACCCCCGGGGCCUGCGCACUAAAGGCCGGGCGGCCUCUGUCCCCUACGAGAGCGCGAUCCGACCCCCGCCCCCCCACCUCGCCCCCCACGCCCAAAGGGCCUUCUCUGUGGUGGGCACGGCGGACACACCGGCCCAGAGCCUGGAGGACUUCAGGCAAGUCCUCUGCUUCCUAUUCAUCAGUGGGGAGGGAACUAACAGUGAGGAGAGACGUGAUGUUCACCCGUAUUAA